CGAUGUUCAUCGACUGUUAGAACCAGAGCUCAUUAUUGGAUGGAAGUGUGGUUUAAUGGCGCUUAUCAGAGCUACGCAACCUUCAGAGGCGCAUUUUGCCAUCAUUUCCAGCCUCUCAAAGUUAAUCGCCGAUGAAAAUGCGUUGACGGACGAAUCGCAAAGAGUAGUUUUGAGUUCGAACGAAGCUGCAUGGUUUGUGGAGAGUUGGAUUGUGGAAUAUGCCAUUGCUUAUAUGCUUACGCAUGUCGUAAAAAGAGUUGUGGCGCACAAUGACACUAAUCAGCCGUACGACGGACUCUUCUCCAGUGACCUGAGUGCCUUGGAGUCCUGCAACAUACACCCCACGUUUGAACUACUUCACAUGGUCAAUUUAGCCGUGGAGCAAGUGGCCAAAUCGAAGGACGACCGAAUCGUAGUGACACCUGGCCUCUUCACGAAGGCUUCUGAGAGUUUGGAGAACUUGACGAAAAUUUUCAAGCCUCAGAUCAGAUCCAGGGCAAUUGUGUACUUAAAUGCUUUGUGUAUUCAAGAGAUCGUGCAUGAAGGCAAUGCUACCGACUAUGAGCUCGAGAAGCGCAUUAAACGACUCUUCAAUCCAAAGAUCUGCGGCGAGAGUCAUACGAAUUGCAAUGUUGUGACGAAGAUCCGUGACAACAUUCUGACUGUGGUGAGAUGUUAUGCGAGUGGAAGCGAAGAACGGGUGAAAGGAAUCGACAGAGUUGUGAGUUUGGUGUUGGACGGAGACAAGGAAGCAGGAAAUGGGUUCGAUGGAAGAGGAGAAUUGUACACGCAGUGGGCGAAGAGCAUGCGAAAUAUCAGAGAAAAGACAGGUGCUACUCUAUUGGAGCGAAUCCGUGUGUUUGGGUUGGACUCUGUUCUUGCUGCUGUGCCUCAACUGGCUGGUCUACCGAUGGUGCAACAAAUUUCGGACCACAUUCGCAAAAGCUCUCCAGAUUCGAGUGCCUUGAUUUCCAGUGAAGCUCUAAUCGAAUUCCUGGAAACAUUGUACUCUCAAAGCAUGAAGUUGACUCAGUCUCCAGGUGAGACGACACUGAGUCGAACUCCGAAUCCGCACAUGGGGUCGCCUUAUCCGAUUCAGCCCCAUGUCUCCGAGCAUAUCGAACGCUUUUUCAACAGCAUAUCACCUUCACCCGCCAAUCGCGGAGACUGCACGCCAGAUCGAGCGGCUAAGUUGCAGGCUUCAAGCAUGACGCUGAGUGAGUUCUCGCAGAGGAACCACCUUCGUCUCGAAAUCCAACAACCGACGGAUGGUGCAGGCGGUAGAGAGAGAGGCAGUUCCUGCGAAGUUAACUACUCAUCGGGAAGCAACGAAGCAAAUGGCGAACCUCCUGCUAGUGUAGAAAGUAUAUUGGAAGUGGGCGAUCCUAACGACUCUUUUGAUGCGACCACUAUCCCACACAAAGAUGCCGAAGAUGCAUUCGAUGACGAUUAUAUUGAUAUAGCAGAGGUAGUUUUGAAUGGCGACAGAAAACUAGAAAAUGGACAUAUAGAUGACAGAAGUGUCCAAACAUUGAAUGUAGACAAAGAAUGGAAACGUUCGACAGAAACAGCAGUCGAGGAAACAGGUGAGUGUAAUAAUGAGCGGCGAGAAGAUAAGUUCGAUGAAGAUAUGAAACAAAAUGGUUUCGAAGAUGAUGAGGAAAGUGUGACAGAGGUAGUUAUUCAGGAGGGGUUCAAGAAAGCUACUCAUGGAGGAGAAAAGGACAAUGUUGUUGGCGGAUGCCUGAGUCCGAAAGUGAAUAGGCGUGAAAGGACCAUUAGUGCGAAUAUAGAGGGUGAGGGUGGUACAGGCAGUAGCCCCGAAAGAGUUGUAAUCUCGAUCCCCACAAAUGAUCAAAAUGCUGAUGCUUCACUGCUAUCGCUAGUGGCUGCUCGUUCCUUUUUCCUCACAGACGCGAACAUGACAAGAAAGUAUGGAUCGGUCUCUCUGCAAUUGAAUGAAAGUGGCCUGGAGUUGAUGGGCAUAGAUAUGGCUCCCGACGCUUUCAGUACUGCGCCACCCAUACAUAGUUGCUGCUCGUGCAAAUGUGCAAAUAUGGAGACAAUUGGACCUCAAGUAGUGGAUAACGAGCUAGUUAAGAGUUUGCUAACUGCGCAUCAGGUGAUUGCAGAUAGCCUGAAAAAAUUUAUUCCCAACAGUUUAAUUAAUUCCAAUCCACAAAAAGCUAAACCCGCCGGGGCUUGUAGUGAUUUAGAGCAAAUUGCCUCAAGUGUCCAAGUUGAAAGAAUCGCUGCGAAGCCUUCGACAUCGCGGGCUUGUGAGGAAGGUAAAGUUUCUCUAGGUGAAGUCAAAAGCCCAGGUUUGACAGCUGAAAUGAACGGAGAGCUGCAAUUACAAGAUGAAAAUGAAGCGGAAAGCACUUCUCAACGAAAUUAUACAAGUCGACCUAAAAUUACGCGACAAAAGAGUAAUCAAACUACCGUCAUUGUCUCCAACGAUGUUACAACUUCGGCUCGAACUGAGAAGACUGGAGUUCUAAACGGCAAUGAGUGCAGUUACCAAAUGCCGAGUAUUCAUCAGAAUCAAACCAUGCCUAGCUUGCCUUCUUCCGGGCACUCCAAGUUAGAAAAUGGUUCCCUGGAGCUAAAAGUUGGGAAUCAACAAAUGCAAGUUAACCAAGAAGAGCUUAGAGGCUUCGAUAAAGCAGAAGGAAUUAAGUGUGAUAAAACAACAGUUAACAAGAAAGAAGACGGAGGAAACGAGUUUGAGGUAGUUCUUGAAGAUGCUGACGGCGGUAGUGAAUUCAUAGACAUCGAAACUUGCUCGGUUGAAAAUGCACUUUUGUCAACAAGCAAGCCUACUGAAGUUCCCCAGAAACCUGAUCUAGCUAUAGAAAUGGCUCUGGAAAUUAUUCAUGGAAACAAGGCCAAAAAAGAUGCUAACCGAAAUGAGGAAAAUAAAAUUAAUGAAGCUAAUGAAAACGUGAAAUCUUUGGUGAACGAUUCUGCGAAAUUCAGGGGCCAUCCUACUCCAGAAAGACUUCAAAAAGUAAAUGGCUUAACUUACACUGAACGACAACACUUACUUCAUUUGCAAGCAAUGCAAGCGAUAGCAAGUAAUAAAGAAAAAACAAAAGAAAUGGCGGCUAAACAUAUAAGCGAACGAAGGAAGUUGGUGCGAUCGCGUAAAAGUGCAAGUGGAAAAGUUCAAAAUCAAUCUUCGAGUUCACCAAAUAAAGUUAUCAACUCGGAGAGCUUGGCUCAAAAAAUAGAGAAUUGGCCUAAAUUGCCGAAAAGUGCCUCCCCGAGGAAACGAAAAACACCGCCUGUAAAAAAAGUGUAUUCGCGCUGGGAUUUGAACAGCAAGUCGGCUGCUUUAAAGACAGGCAGCACUGCAGGUUUUAAAGAUGCGUCUGUUAAAAGAAGCGCAUCCUCAGCGGAGACAAAGGCAAACAAGAACGGACUGAAUGCUUUCGAAGGCUCUCAUCAAACGCCAAAAUUAAUUUUCAACCUUAACGAUGUGAGGCGUGACGCUUCAGGAAAAGGUGGAAGCUUUAUUUUUCAUCCAUUAGCCAAACAGUUUCAAGGUGAAAAAACGAGCAAUGCUGAGAAUACUAAUCUAGAGUCCGACAAGACGCCUGUGGUCAUCAAUGAGAAUGUUGCGAACAAUAAUAAUGAAGAAGAAAUCUUCGCGACACCAACACAAUCGGAGACGCCGAAAAGAAAAUCAUCCGCAACAACUAAUGCAUUUACCCCAAAGAGAAGGAAGAAGGCAAUAUCUUUGACGCCCUCGCGAAAAAAGAAAACUGCAAGUAAUGCUACUCAAUCGGCAAACGCUGCCGAGUUAAAUGUCGCAUCAUCGAAUGACGCGAAAAAAAAUCCAAUGGAAAUAGAAAUUAUACUCAACCGGAUAUACUUACCAGAAAAUGAAGUGGCAAUUAAUUAUAAUGACUGGAUCAAAAAACAGAGAGAGUUUGAGCAAAGUUUGAUGACGGACGAUGAAAGCGCGGUUGUUCGUUCGGUUUCGGCAGCUGGCCAAUCAAGUGCGUCUAUCACAAUUUCACCCUCAACGGUAAAUAACGCAACGUUCUCCUUCCUAACUCCGACUGAAAGUGCUGCAAGUGUAAGGACUCCAUCAGAAGGAGAGUCAAGUUUUCACACCUGUAACCAGGAGAAGUCUGAUCAAAGUUGGAGCGAAAUCUCUUCACCUGCUGUGGAAAAGUGUGCAGGAGAGAAAACAAGCGAAGUUGGAGAUUGUGAAAAAGUAGAACCAGAAAGGGAGAGUAUGAAUGGACAAGCGGCCAAUGACGAAAGCGGGUUUUUCCUCACAGAUAAAACAUCUCCGCCUUCCAAUGGAAAACAACUGAAUGGUCUUAAUGGAGUCGACGGUACGAGUCAUGCAAUCGCUUACUCUCUCGGAAUGGGAAAAGGCGGCGCUCUUGUCCACAUGAAACCGAUGCCACGUAAAUGA